AUGUCCUCAGAGCCAGAGAAAGACAAGUAUGAUGACUAUUUUAAGACUGCCCGAGAAUAUCUGGACUAUUUCUACUCCGACAUGAUGACCAAAGGCCAUGUGGACGAAGGAUUGGCCAUGCCGUGGAUCUUGCAACAAUUCCAUCGGACCUUCACUCAAGACAGAGACUUCGGCAGAAGACUGUUAGACGUUGGAUCAGGUCCGACAGUGUACCAGCUGAUUAGCGCCAGCCGAGUUUGUCCAGAAAUCAUCUGCUCAGACAUCCACAAGGGAGCCUUAGAAGAGAUAAAGAAAUGGAAGAACAGUGACCCAAACGCGUUUGACUGGACCGAUGUUGUGAAAUACGUCUCAGGAUUAGAGGGCAUGAGGUGGGAAUAUCGCCAAGGGCAGCUACGGAAUGCCAUCAAAGACGCAGUGAUUUGUGACGUGUUAAAUGAGUACCCUCUACACCCGGCUGUGUUUCAACCGUUUGAUACCGUUAUUUCUGCAUACGGUCUGGAGGGAGCGAGUUGGGACAAAGGAAGGUCCACCUACGCGAAGACAGUGCAGAACACCUGUAGCCUGUUGAAGCCAGGUGGUUAUUUCAUCUCAAUGUCAUACAUCGGGGUUACCUACUAUAUUGAGGGCGGUGAGAAGUGGCCUGAUUCUCUCUGUCUGGACACAGAGUUCGUGUUGAAGAGUCUGUCGGAAGCAGGAAUCACGGUUUUGGAGAAAUCAGUGUACAAAACUCCCGAGCGGGAGGAAUGUAUUUUUAGUGAUGUAAGGGGUAUUUUGUAUGUAAUUGGAAAGAAGCAGUAA